UAGAGGAUCUGAAUACUUCUUUCACCAUUGAUAUUGUCCCAGUUCAUACAGGGGAACUCAUUGAACGUCAGGAGGCUGUGCCACAUAGCAGACCCUACAUGGUGCUUUUGGAGCGGCACAUGCAGGAUGGUAAAACAAAAUACUGCGGUGGCUUCCUUCUGAAUGAGGAUUUUGUGAUGACUGCAGCCCACUGCAAAGCCAGUUCCUACACAGUCUUACUAGGAGUUCACAAUAUCAGUAACAGUAAUGGAGUACAGCGUAUAUCUGUGGAGCAAACAUUUCCACAUGAAGACUACAAUGAAACCGAUUUCAACAAUGACAUAAUGCUUCUUAAGUUGAGCUCCAAGGCAAAAUUCAGAGCAAAUGUGAGACCCAUUGCUCUCGCAGGCCAAGAUGUUGGCUCCCUGCCAAAAUCAUGUAUAGUCUCCGGCUGGGGAAAAACAAACAAGACUAUAAGUUAUAUGUCUGUACUCAUGGAAGUCAAUGUAACACUGAUUGACAGUAAGCAGUGUCCUACUAACAACAUGUAUUGCUCUAAGGGAGAAACUGGACUUAAUAAGGUACGUAUUUUUGUAACAAAAUGGACAAACAAGUUUGUUGAAGCAAUCACUGCAUACUGUGUAUGUACUUCCAGGGAGAUUCUGGUAUUCCACUCGUCUGUGAAAAUGGAAAGGUGUACGGGUUGGGGUCCCACAUCUUCCUCCCAGACUCAGGUGGCCCGAAAAUUAACUGUUUUACCAAAAUUCCUGACAACAGAAGCUGGAUUGAUUCAACCAUCGAAAAUGCAUUAAAAGGCAAUAUCAUGUUUUGUUUGGCAAGUUGAGUCAAAAGACUGAAAAUAUAUGAAUGUGAUUUGGUUCAUUUAAGAAAAUGACGGGGUUUUUUCACUUUUAAUGGUACAGCUGUUUUUUGUUUGUUUUGUUGCCGGGGAAUACAAACUUAUUUUUGUCAAUGAACUUUUGAUUAUUUUAAGCAAAUUAUAAAUUCAAACCAAGCUGAUGUAGUUUUUUCAAGCAGGCCUUUAACAAGCAAAAAAGGAAGACAGAUAAAGUACGCUUAAAAUCUGAAAUGUAAGACUCAAAGCUGUUUAAUAGAGGUAUUGAUACUAGAUACUGUAUGUCAUUCUGCUGUUAAAUACAACAUUAUAUACAUUAAA